GAUUUGAAGCUGUUUCGCGCGUAUUACUUUUGAACACCGGCCGCUAAACGCGCGUACGCCUGGAUUUCAUCAGGUCCUCAUUUUUUCUUCCCGUUUAUGCUGGGCCCCAUCCAUAGGAACUCAUUCUGGUGCGCUGACCGGACGAGGGAAUAACACCCCGUCCAACAAAUAGCAACAAAAACAACAACAGUCAUUAUCAAUGUGCCUCUUUUGACCGAAGACGCGUCGAAGAAAAAGCACCAUCUUCAUCAUUAUGCUGCGAAAGAACAAGACAUUGCAGAAUCGAUAUAUGUAACCAUAUAAAACUAAAAUGUAGAGAAGAGCCUUAAUUCAUUACGGUUUUGUGUAUCGUGGCGGUAACACGUACGCGUGGCAUUGAAAUUAAGCAAAUCGAAACAAGUACCAACCUAUCUGUCUGUCCGGGCUCGCGAAAGAUCGAUGGACAACGUUCAGCUAUUAGAGUGGAACCACGGUGAUAAAAAACAAGAAACUUUCAAGUGAUCCGCAGUAGAACAGUUGAAAAGUGAACCGAUUACGAACAAGCGCACGCUGCGCAAUUGUGAAGAGAUUUACUGGAACCGGAAUCUUGAGCAGAGCGAGCAAAAUGUGGCAUUUGAAAUCCCUCACUAUUUUGACAGCAGCAUCAGUUCUGUUGCUGCACCGAUGCGACGCACAAUUCAAAAUUCUUGGUGUUUCAUCCAGCCGUUCCAAUAACAGGGGCAGUAAACUCGAAUUGGUUCAAAUUAAAGCCCUCCAGGCGGGUGCAAAAGAGUCCGUUCAGUCAAGAUCGUUUCAAGAGGCACCAACCACUUCAACAUCAAUCGAUACAACUGCAACAACUGAAAUGUCCCAAUUAGACACACAAACCAGUAAAAUAAUAAAACUGCAAAUUAUGGACUCGGCAGUGGCUCACAAUAUUUCCAGCAGAGAAGGAAAGCUGCAAUAUGAUAAUCUUCGCACAGACAACGACAUCAUCAACAUAAGCCCACUGCGGCCGUCAUCAUUCGCAGGAGGCCCUGUGUCCUCACAUCGUCGGAGAGCAACCGGAUCGGUCAAACUCACCGGAGAUUCCGAUUUGUUUUACAUUCAGAAACCUUCUUCCCCGGCGCCGUUCAAGAAAAACAACCAACCCCCCAAAGAGAAUGACAUCCAAAUCGGCGAUUUUGUUAUUCAGAGGUACAAACGUCGAAAGUACAAGUCGAAGUGCCGAUGUGAGCGAAUUUGGAACUGUCCACGAAUUCAGAUCUCAAUUGCCAGGUGCGCGCCAGAUUACUUCAUGUGCUGCUUCUAAAGGUGUCAUUCAGUGGGUGAACAUUUUAAGAGUGAUAAAUUAGGCUAAGGAUCAUAUUUAUAAUUAUUUAUGCAAUAAAGGAAAUUUGUAAAAAUAGAAAUAAGCUGCAGUAAAUG